AUGGAUAAGGAUCAAACACGUUAUUUGGAUCCAGAGUGUUGUGAAACAGCACAACCAGAGGAGAAAUGUGAUGUUUAUUCAUUUGGGGUCGUUUUAUUUGAAGUUUUGUGUGCUAGAAGGCCAUUUGUGGUACAUGAUGGGAAGAUUACUUUUCUAGUUGAUUGUGCCUGUCGGUCUAAUAGAGAUGGAACGGUUUAUGAUAUCAUUGAUCCAUAUUUGAAGAGGAGGAUUGCACCGGAAUGCUUCAAGAUGUUCGUGGACAUCGCGGGUUCUUGUACUCGUGUAGUUGGUGAUGUACGGCCCGAGAUCAGUGAAGUGCAGGUGAUGCUAGAGCGUGCUUUGGUACUGCUAGAGAAAGCAGAUUCCGAUCCGGCGCAUAUGGCCCCUUAUGGUGAAUAUAUGUAUGAAGAAGCAUCUUUUUGUGCUUUUGUCCCUCACCACAAAUCCAGAGUAGACAAUGACAGUUCUGAUGUAGAAGGUGUCUCUGGAUUAAUCUAUCCAACUAUGGAUAGCGGUGACUUCGAGUCGUUUGCAAGUGAUGAACUGAGGGAACUAAGGUGA